AUGGCGUCAUACGAGAUGAACCCAGUUAUGCGCCAUCUGACGGUCGUCUCAAAUAUCUCCUGCCUGCUCACACUCCUCACCGGGUACUUCGCGCGUGUCCUCGGCAUGAAUUUGACCCCAAUGUGGUCUGUGAACCACAACAGCGACCUCCUGUUCUGGGAGAUUGCGACCCCGGUCAUACUCAUCGUCGUCCCGCUCUUCAUGUGGGGAGAUAUACGACGGAUGAUGCAUUACUUGGUUAAGAGCUGGAGGCGGAGGAGCAUUAACGAGGCGUUCAAGCGUGGGUAG